UUUGUGUCGAGUCGAGCAAGUUACAUCGUCGGACCCAAACAACAGUGGCGUGAGUGGAACGUUUUGUAGGUUUUAAGCGUGGUACGUCAAGUUGCCUGUUAUUUGUAGUUUUAGGCAAUUAAACUAAAAUUAUGGAGGUGCUUCAGAGGAAAGUGGCCCAAGAGGACACCGUACAGUACAAACUCUUUCUCGUUCAAAUUUCGGACACUUGUCAAGUAGAAAAGCUUCUCGCUAAUCUAAUUAAGGAAAUUUUGGGAAAAUUUGCAACGCUCCUGGCACGGUAUAUUUGGCACCAUCAGCCUUUUAACCUUAAAUUAUAUCCAGAGAAAGGGGAUAUUCCUGCUCAUCUGGGAGGAAGCACCCAGUUUACAGAUAAUGUGGAAGAUGAGUGGUUUAUAGUGUACCUUCUUCAGCAAAUAACAGAAGCAUUUCCAGAGCUUGCAGCCAGAGUUGAAGAUAAUGAUGGGGAGUUUCUUCUAAUUGAAGCAGCAGAUUAUUUACCCAAGUGGUUAAAUCCAGAUACUAGUGAAAACAGAGUGUUUAUUUAUAGAGGGGACCUGUACAUGAUCCCCUGCCAUACUCCUUCAAAUACAGUGGGUAUCCCUAAAGAUGAAGUACCAAGUUUGGCUCAAGCCCUGUCACUACUAUCAUCCAAUCCGGAAGCAUGUCAUCCAAGUAGUAAGAUUUCGGCUGCAGUGAGAAGGAGACUUAAGGGGUACCCAGAGAGGAUUCAAACUGAACUUCACCAUGCCCACUGCUUCAUACCCGCAGGCAUUGCACUGAUAUUAGCAGAGCGCCCUGAUCUUGUGGCACCUGCUGUAUCAGCAUUUUAUCUGCGGGACCCAGUUGAUCUUCAGGCUUGUCGAAGCUUCAAGACAUUUCCACCAGAUACACGCAUCCUCGCUAUGGUGACGUUCACUCGUUGCUUGUUUGCUCAGCUACAGCAGCAACAGUUCACUCCCGAUCGUAGGAGUGGCUAUGCGCUGCCUCCACGCUCUGAUCCCAAGUACAAAGCUCAUGAGCUGGGCAUGAAACUGGCACAUGGUUUUGAGAUUUUGUGUUCAAAGGCCAGAAUGCCGUCUUCAGACCCUAACGCUCCAGUUAGCUGUAACCCUCAAUGGAAGGGAUUUAUUGAAUGUUUGAAAAGAAAUGGCUACUUCAGGGGAGAAAUUGAGGGCUCAACUCUUUUCAAAGACCUUUUAUACAGAGCUGAAAACUUUUUCAAACAGUCUGUCUAUUCUGAAUUUAAUGCUUUAUCGCCGGGUGACGAGGUACUUAAGAUGUUGCAAAGUCUUCCUCCUUUUAGCCUGGAAGAGCUCAAAGAAAAGGAGUCACAGCUCCCCCCAGAGGACAGUGACAGCUGGCUGGAUAUUACAGAACAGGAUUUGGAACAAAUGUUACAAGAAAGAGCCAAAGAUUGUGAUGCUGUGGAAUUCCAAAAAUCCAGUGUGAGCUAUAGCAAAGAUGAACCAGUUGACAGCCAAGUGAAUGAAAAUGCUGGAUACAGUUUGGUAGCUGUCAGUCAGGGAAUGAAAAACUUCCUGAAUGCCAUAUCAUCUCAUGAGGGAGCUGAGCUGCCCCGCUUAAGUCAACCUUUUAGCUUUGACCCAAAUUCAAUGGUCAGUGCAUUGGACAGACUACUAGGAGGCAGUGAAGAGGGAGAACUUGAUUCAGAUGACUUAGAUGACGAUGACAAUGAUGGUGGAGAAGAUGAAAGAGAGUUUUCCGUUCCAUCAGAAAUGAACGGACCUGAGACACUGGAUAGUCUUAAGAAAUACAUGGACCAAAUGGAUGAGGAGCUACUGGGCACAAAUAUAGGGCAGAGUUUUAAUCAGAACCACAAGACAGAUCCCCAAAGUGGCUCCUCUAUCUCUUCUGGAGAAGGUAGUUUGAACAGGAAUGAAGGAGUUGAAGAGACUGAAGAAGACAUUCAGCCUCUAGACAUAGACUUGAAUCUAGUCACAAAUCUAUUGGAGUCAUUAAGCUCUCAGGCUGGUCUGGCUGGACCUGCAUCUAACCUGUUGCAGAGUUUAGGUAUUCACUUGCCACCCAACUCUGACCCGUCAUGAAACAAAUUGAGAUUAACUGAGUAUUGCUGAAUGGAUAAACUAAUGUUUCUAUGUAAUGGGGAUGGUCGUUUUUAUUAUAAUUUUUUUUCUAUAAAGUAUAUAUUAAAAGUCA